UUCCCCCUUUACCACUAUCUUCCAUCAAUCUAUUGAUUCUUCCUUUGUACUCUUUCUGAUAUUCUCUCUCAUUUUCUCUCUCCUUUUUGUGAGAAUUUUCUCAAAGUCUGAAAUCAUGGUUGCUAGUACUGCUACUAAGACUGUGAAGAAAACUUCUGCUCCGAAGAAAGCUGCUGCUGCGAAAUCUGCUCCUUCUCAUCCUCCUUAUAUCGAGAUGAUAACAGAAGCAUUGGUUUCUCUCAAGGAGAGAACAGGAUCAAGCCAUUACGCAAUCGCGAAACACAUCGAAGAGCAACAGAAGGUUCGCGACCUUCCUCCAAACUUCAGAAAGCUUCUCUUCAACCAAUUGAAGAAAAGCGUUGCUUCUGGAAAGCUCGUCAUGGUGAAGAAAUCCUUCAAACUUCCACCAGGCACCUCGAAGAAGUCUCCGACCGCCGCACCAGCCGCCGCCGAGAAGCCAAAAGCCGCCGCCAAGCCAAAAUCAAAGGAAGCCGCCGCUAAGCCAGCCAAAAAAUCUGCCGCCGCUAAGCCAAAAGCAGCCGGUGCCAAAGCCAAGACCACCACAGCAAAGGCUAAAGCGUCGACAACGGCGGCAAAGAAGCAGAAGGUGUCGAUGAAGUCUCCGGCAAAGUCGCCGGCGAAGAAGGUUGCGCCGGUGAAGGCGAAGAAGCCGAAGAGUAUUAAGUCGCCGGCGAAGAAAGCUACUGCCGUGAAGAAAAUCGUUGCGAUGAAGAAGACUAACAAGAAGUGAAUUAGAGUUGUUAUUUGUGAUGAUUUGAGUUUGUAAAUUUGUCGAUAGGUUUAAGUUUGUGUUUAGAGAAGGUUGAAUGUUGAUUAUCAUAACUACUUAGGUAGUUUAAAAAAUUCUAGGGUUUGUAGAAAACUCAGACUUUUACUAGUAGUUUGGUUUGUUAUUCAAAUUAGGUUUUAUCAUUUAUGAUUAGAUGGCUAAUCAUUUUAUCUCAGUUUAGCUUAAUUGCCUGUUUUUAAGUCCUUCAGCUUUAAUACAAAUUAGAAAUCUGGAUUUCACUAUA